CAGAAUACAAGCAGAGCGGUAAGCGAGGGGGAUUUGCUAAGCAAGAUGGCUACUUCCCUUGGAUCAAAUACUUACAACCGGCAGAACUGGGAGGACGCGGACUUCCCAAUUCUUUGUCAGACAUGCCUGGGAGAGAAUCCAUAUAUCAGAAUGACCAAAGAGAAGUAUGGAAAAGAAUGCAAGAUCUGUGCUCGACCAUUUACAGUUUUUCGCUGGUGUCCAGGGGUGCGCAUGCGUUUUAAGAAGACAGAGGUAUGCCAGACAUGUAGCAAAUUGAAAAAUGUCUGUCAGACCUGUCUACUAGAUCUGGAGUUUGGACUGCCAAUUCAGGUACGAGAUGCUGGGAUUUCCCUAAAGGAUGACAUGCCUAGGUCUGAUGUGAACAAAGAAUACUACACUCAGAACAUGGAGAGAGAGAUUUCAAAUUCUGAUGGCUCUCGCGCAGUUGGAGCAUUAGGCAAAGCCACAUCAAGCAGUGACAUGCUCCUAAAACUGGCUCGUACUACCCCUUACUACAAGCGUAACCGUCCACACAUCUGUUCUUUUUGGGUGAAAGGAGAAUGUAAAAGAGGAGAGGAGUGCCCAUACAGGCAUGAGAAGCCAACAGAUCCUGAUGACCCUCUUGCAGAUCAGAAUAUCAAAGACCGUUAUUAUGGUAUUAAUGACCCUGUAGCAGACAAAUUAUUAAAACGGGCUUCUACAAUGCCCCGCCUAGACCCUCCAGAAGACAAAAGCAUCACCACUCUAUAUGUUGGAGGGCUAGGUGAUAACAUCAGCGAGUCUGAGCUCAGGAAUCACUUUUACCAGUUUGGUGAAAUCCGAACGAUUACAGUAGUUCAGCGACAACAGUGUGCAUUUAUUCAGUUUGCUACCAGGCAGUCGGCAGAAAUGGCAGCAGAGAAAUCCUUUAACAAGCUAAUUGUGAACGGUCGUCGACUCAAUGUCAAGUGGGGAAGAUCUCAGGCUGCCCGAGGGAAAGAGCGAGAGCGAGAAGGUGUUACAGAUUCUGGACUGAAACUUGAACCUGUCCCUGGUCUCCCUGGAGCAUUGCCUCCUCCACCAACAGAAGAGGAAGCUACUGCUAAUUACUUUAAUCUUCCUCCAAAUGGAUCUCCUGCUUUGGUUAACAUAGCACUGCCUCCUCCUGGCUUAACAGGUCCACCUCCAGGAUUUGGCCCACAUAUGUUCCCUCCUAUGGCACCACCUCCAUUCCUUCGGGCUCCUGGCCAUAUACAUUAUCCAUCUCAAGAUCCCCAACGGAUGGGCGCACACUCGGGCAAGCCCAGCAGUUCCUAG